UAUGGUGAAGCUGACGGCAGAGCUGAUCGAGCAGGCGGCUCAAUACACCAACGCCGUGCGGGACCGAGAACUCGACCUCCGGGGUUAUAAAAUUCCUGUUAUUGAAAAUCUAGGUGCUACCUUAGACCAGUUUGAUGCUAUUGACUUUUCUGACAAUGAAAUCAGAAAACUGGAUGGCUUUCCUCUGUUGAGAAGACUAAAAACAUUAUUAGUGAACAACAACAGAAUAUGCCGCAUAGGUGAGGGACUUGACCAUUCCCUACCAUGUCUGACAGAGCUCAUUCUCACCAACAACAGUCUUGUGGAGCUGGGUGAUCUGGAUCCUUUGGCAUCUCUGAAAUCACUGACUUACUUAAGUAUUCUCAGAAACCCUGUAACAAAUAAGAAGCAUUACAGGCUGUAUGUCAUUUAUAAAGUCCCACAAGUCAGAGUACUGGAUUUCCAGAAAGUAAAACUAAAAGAGCGUCAGGAAGCAGAGAAAAUGUUCAAGGGCAAACGGGGUGCACAACUUGCAAAGGAUAUUGCCAGGAGAAGCAAAACUUUUAAUCCAGGUGCUGGUUUGCCAAUUGAUAAGAAGAAAGGGGGGCCAUCUCCAGGGGAUGUAGAAGCAAUUAAGAAUGCUAUAGCAAAUGCAUCAACACUGGCUGAAGUGGAGAGACUGAAAGGGCUACUACAGUCAGGUCAGAUACCUGGCAGAGAGCGCAGACCAGGACCCGCUGAUGAUGGUGAAGAGGAAAUGGAAGAAGACACAGUUACAAAUGGGUCGUGA